AUGGUGGCAAGCAAGGGAGAGGAUUUUUUUUCCCGUAUUUAUUCACCUGGAAGGGCAGACGUUGUCAAUUUCCUCCUCCUGCCACACAAGUGGCCACGUCCUUGUCACUGGGGCUGCGCGGAGGUUCUCACCUCCCACCUUCUCCCAGGGAUGUUUAGGGCAAGGGAACGGGUCGGGCUGGGCCGAGGAGGGCCCGGGCGUCGGCGCCCACCCCCGUCUCCACCCGCGGCAGCAGCUGUGGGCGCCGGGCGAGGGCUCCCUGGGCAGCGCCUUUGUUUUCCCGACUCCAAUUACGUUUGCGGAAGUGCUGCCAGCGCCGGGCGCGAAGGGGGCGCAGGCGGCAGCCUCCCCCAGCACCCCACAAAGAUGACACUCGACUCGGAAGCCGGGGGAGGGAGGCAGCGGCGGGUGAGCCAGGCCGAGAGCCGAGUCGGCGGCGCACGCUCGGAUGCCGGCCCCGGAUCCGAAGCCCCUUUCCGGCAGCAGGUGUGCGCGGCAGAGGGUCUCCCCGCCCUCCGGCUGGGCCCGUCGCAGGCGCGGGAGACCAGGGCUGGGCUGCGAGCCCCUUCCCCGCACGCCGAGCCCGACUCACCUGCUGCGGCGACGGCAGCGCUCAGCUGCGCGGGGCGCCGGGAGCCCUGUUCCCGGAGCGCGGGGCGGCGGCUUGGGGCCCCGGGGCGGCGCGCAUCAUCGCUGGCAGCUGGCGCGCUCCUCGGGGGCUGCGGCUGGCGGGGCGGGGCGCGGCAAGGGUUGCGGACCGGGUGGGGCCGCCGAGUACGGAGGCGGAGGGCCGAGAGCUCCCGCCGGCACGACCUUCUCUCACGCUGCGGCUCCUCCUCCUCCUCCCUGGCCGGGGCCUCACCGCCGCCGCCGCUGCUCACUACCGGCUGGACCCGUUCAGGGCCGGGCGCCGAGGACCGGCCGCCAGGUGCAGCGCUCCGCCUCCUGCGGCGGCGGCGGAUGCGUCGACCGCCCGCUCCCGGCCUCCCGCCCGCCCCGGCGGCCCCUAGGGACCCCUGAACCCAGCUGGGCCGGGGGAGCGCGCUGAGGGGAAAGCACUGGGCGAGGCUCCAUCCCUUCCCCUCCCUCUACCCACCUCGCGGCUCCCGCUGAGCCCCCAGGCAAUGGGUGCGGACGGGGAAAGGUGGGGAAAAUGUACUAACAGCCCUUAUUCCUUGAGCGCCUUUUAAGUGGCACACACAUGCUAACGCGAUCAGUGCGUUAUCUCCGCGUCUCUGUCCCUGGUCGACCCGGGAAGGAGGAGCCGGCAGGGUGCAGGAGACACACGAUUUGCCAUAAAUCGUUUCAUCAGAUGAAGAAAUGGAUUCAGAGGGCUUACAUGACUUAGUAUCUAACAAGAUCACAUAGCAGGUCUUUGCUCUUGUAAACAGUGCUGCAAUGAAUAUUCAUCAUCAACAAUCUGGAUAUCCACUCAGAGACCCAAUCUGAAAAUCAGCAACUACACAGAUGACAAAUGGAUAAAUCCACAAAGAUGGGAAGAAACAAGCGCAAAAAGAAGGAAAACAUCCGAAACCAGAACACCUCUCCUCCUACAAGGGAUCACAACUCCUCACCAGCAAGGGAACAAAGCUGGAUGGAGAAUGAGUGUGAUGAAAUGACAGUAUAGUAUUUUCUUUCAGUUUUAAACACUCUAAUCAGAAGCUGAAUACAUUGCUGAGUGUCUACAGUCCCAGGUACUCCAGGGGCUGAGGUGGGAGAAUCCCUUGCGUCCAGGAGUUUGAAACUGUGGAGUACUAUUGUCAUGCCUGUUGAUAGCCACUCCACUCCAAUCUGGGCAACAUAGUGAGACCUCAUCUCUAAAAUAAAUAAAUAAACAAAGAAAUAAACAAUCCAUUCAUCACCCACUAAAUUGACCCAUGACCCACUACUUUAAGACUUGAUAAUCUGAGAUGGAGAUAGUAAAAUUCUUUAAGCAAAAUUGUAAACCCUAAAUACCUCUCUAUUUUAUGUCCAUUGGUUGCACAGUGAUAACAGAACUAUUGCAGCCUGGGGAAUAAGUGAUGGGUUUCCAUGGGAGGUGUGGAGGAUGUCCCAAAACUUGCAUGUUAAAAAAUAUUUUAUUUUAUUUAUUUUCUUGUUGGGAUGGAAUCUUACUCUGUUGCCCAGGCCGGAGUACAAUGGCCCAGGCUGGAGUGCUCUGUUGCCCAAGCUGGAGUUGCCUAGUCUUGUGUAUAUAGUUUUAAAUUGUAUUCUUAUAGGUAUCAAAUAAUCUUCACUACUAAAAAUCAUUCUAAAUGAGUUCUGCAAAUAGUCUAGUAAAUGACAUUUAAAAUACUUUUUAUCAGGCCGGGAGUGAUGGCUUACCCUUGUAAUCCUAGCAUUUUGGGAAGCUGAGGCAUGUGUAUCACCUGAGGUUAGGAGUUUGAGACCAGUCUGGCCAAAAUGGUGAAACCCUAUAUCUACUAAAAAUACAAAAAUUAGUCUGGCAUGGUGGUGUGUGCCUAUAAUUCCAGCUACUUGAGAGGCUGCAGUGGGAGAAUGACUUGAAUCUAGGAGGCAGAGGUUGCAGUGAGCUGAGAUAGUGCCACUGAACUCCAGCCUGGGCAACGACAGUGAGACUCUGUCUCAAAAAACAAACAAACAAAAAAUCAACUACAAAUCAAAUGUAUGAUUCCACUUAUCUGAGAUACCUAGAGUAGUCAAAUUCAUAGAGACAGAAAGUAGAAUGGGGGUUGCCAGGGCCCAGUGUGGAGUAGGGGAAAUAGGGGGUUAUUUAAUCCGUGUGGAGUCAGGCAAAUGAAGAAGUUCUGGAGAUGAGUGAUGUCACUGGUGGUAGAAGAAUGUGAAUGCUUAAUGCUACUAAACUGUACACUUAGAAAGGGUUAAAAUGGUCAAUUUUAGGUUAUGUGUUUGUUACUACAGUUUUUUUAAGUGAAAAAACUGGCUACGAGUGGUAGCUUAUGCCUGUAAUCUCAGCAUUUUGGGAGGCCAAGGUGGGAGAAUCACUUCAGCCCAAGUGUUUCAGGACAAUCUAGUCUACAUAGUAAAACUCUUCUCUACAAAAUAUAUUUUUAAGUUAAAAAAACAUAUAUCAAAGAUGCUUAAAGAUGAGCGAAUCUGAAUGAUUUAGGUUUUAUACUCUUCUUUAGCUGGGUGGUUUUUUGAAAGAACCAAAAAAAGUAAAACGGACAUGAGUCAGGCACUAAUAGAUAAAAACUGAGGGUUUAAAUCAGUGCUGCGUAGAAAUAUAAAGCAAGCCACACAUGCACUUUUAACUUUUCUUGUAGCUCUGUUCACAAAAGCACAAAGGAAACAAGGAGAACGAAUUGUAGCAAUAUAUUUUAUUUAACUCUACAUUCCCAAAUAUAAUUUCACAUUAUAAUCCAUAUAAAGAAUUAUGAUUCUUUUAUUUUUGCAUAAAAUUUAAACAUCCUGAUUUUUAAAUAAAAGCCAGUGCACAUGUUCACCGCACAUCUCAAUUCAGACUAGCUACGUUUCAAGUGCACAGUAGCCACUGAGACUACCAUUUGGGCAGUAUCAAUCCAGAUUACCAAUAGAUGAGAUCAUGAUUCUCAGGAGAAUCUGGACAAUCAGAUCAUAACCAUUACAAUUUAGACAACCGUAGAACUAACCUGCUACAUGCAUGGCCUAUCUCAUGGUGUAUUAAUAUGAUAAGUUGAUUUUUUAAAAUCGGUCCUGGUGGAAAAAGAAAAAGCUACACAUUUCCCAGUUUAACGACACUCCUGCCUAUAUUCUAAGGGAAAUAAUAUAUUAACUCUGUCUAUACAUUAUUUUGCCUACCUUGAUAUGGCAAUUUAACCACAUAAUGAGUUUCUCCCAAUACCUGUCCUACUAACUUACACCACUAUGGUCAUAGUUUGACUUGCUUGAAAGAUUGAGGGUGAUAAGCCAUCUUGACAUAGAGCUUCCUGCUCUUAGAAAUACUCGACCCAACGUGGGUGAAUUUAAACAUUGCCUCUCAGGCAACCCAUUCUCAAAUCCAGCUGGAAGGGAUGAACUUUUGCUGUAGGGAGAAAUGGCCAGUUUCCAGUAUUCUGUCUGUUAGAAGCUCUCAUUCUUGCUGUAUUCCAUGAGAAUGGAAGACAAGUGGCUUAACCAUUACUUUCCCUUCCUAACUCUUUAUAGGGCUGAUAGCCAGGACUCGAAUAUUAGCUUUGAUAGUAAGCCAAUGCUUCUAUGUCACAAAAGUCCGUGGCUUACUUUCAACAUUAAAGUGAUUGUUUGACAUUGAGAAUUUAACUGACCAACUAUAAGAACUAAUUCUCAGCAUAGCAAAGGUUUCUGAAGUGUUUUGGAAAUAAUGGGUAGAAGUAAAGAUGUAGUUGAUACUGCAUAUUAGUUCUUGUUCAGCUUCUGAGCCGAAUUCAUUCAGUCCCCACUUAUUUAACACUGACAAUGUGCUUAGGCAAUGAAGAUACAUGAUAUAUGAAAACCCCUGCCUUUGUGAAGCCAACAUUCUAGAGGGGGAAGCUGACAAAGCAAAUUGUAGCUUCUAUGAGGAGGCAGUGAGUACCAAGGAGGGCAAAACAGGGAAGGAAAUAGGAUGUGCAGGAUGGGGUGGGAAAAUGUGGGUUGCAAGAGAGUGAUGAGUGAAGAUCAUACUGAUACAGUGACAUCUGAGCGAAGUUUUGAUGGAGAUGAGGGAGGAAACUGUGCUGAUAUCUGGAGAAAGCUUUCCAGUUAGAACAGCAAGUGCAAAGGUUCUGAGGCAGAGGAAGGAUGCCUGGCAAGUUCAGGGCACAGCAAGCAAGGCAGUGUGGCUGGAACAAUGUGAGCAAGGGAAAGGUCAUCUUAGACCGUUGGGAUUCUGUAACAAAAUAUUAUGAACUGGGCAGCUUUUAAAUAACAGAAAUUCAUUUCUCACAGUUCUGAAGGGUGGGAAGCCCCAGACCUAGGCAGAUUCAGUGUCUGGUAAGGGCCUGCUUUCUGGAUUACAGAAUGCACCUUCUUGCUGGCCCUGACAUGGUAAAAGGGUCAAGGGGUUUCUCCCAGGCCCCUUUUGUAAGGGCACUAAUGCUAGUCAUAAGAGCUCCACCUUCAGGACUGGAUCUCCCAAAGGCCCUGUCUCUGAAUACCAUCACCUUGUGGGUUAGUAUUUCAACAUAUGAUUUGGAAGGGGAGGGAUACAAAUAUUUAGACCACAGCAGAGAGUAAGAGCAGAUGAGAAGAGAAGGAAGGGUGGAAGGGCCUUAUAGGCUAUGACAAUUUUUGCUUUUUCCCUAAGACAGUUGAACAAUCACUUGGAAGCAUUUUUUGCUUUUCCUUUUUAAAUUUAUUUCUUUUUAUUUGUAUAGGUUUAGGGGUAUAGGUGCAGUUAUGUUACUUAGAUAUAUUCUGCAGUGAAGUCUGUGCUUUUAGUGUACCCAUUACCCAACCAGUGUACAUUGCACUCCGUACGUGGUAUCUCAUCCCUCACCCGCUUCCACACUGCUUCCUUUUAAAGCCUCCAAUGUUGAUUAUUCCACUGUGUGUCCAUGUGUACCCAUUAUUUAGCUCCCACCUAUGAGAACCUACAGUUUUGACUUUCUGUUUCUAAGUCAUUUCACUUAGGGUAAUGGCCUCCAGGUCUAUCCAGUUGCUGUAAGAAACAUGAUUUUACUUGUUUGUGGCUGAGUAGUAGUCAAUAUGUAUAUACUGCAUUUAAAAAAAAUUUCAUUCAUCUGUCAAUAGACACUUAAAUGUUGAGUCCCUGGCCUUGCUAUUGUGAAUAACACUGUGAUAAACAUGUGA